UAUCAUAGUAAUCAGACGAUUUGACAGAAACGCUGGUCGUGUACACACGUUCGGCGAUACACUAAUAUAAUUACUGUGUUUAAUAUUAACUAUAACUUCGUUUUACUACUUAUUGCCACGCCUUGUGUAAACGUUCGCAAUACGAGUUUAGCUUAGCUCUAAUAUCUGUAUUAUAUCCCUCAUACCUGAUCCAACCCGAAUCUGUGCAGUCCAUGGAUAACGAAAUAUCCACUGCCGGUUCCAUCGGUACCACUGUUCUGGACUUGCCAUUGAACCGAUCGGAGACAGUCACAACGGACUACUCGCCAGAUGACGAGGAUCUGGACGGAGCAGCAGCCGCUGCCGCCGCCGCGUCAGAGGCAACUCGUGACACUCUGGCUGAUGGCCUGGUUGCCAGUUUGCUCAGACCAUGUGUUGAUCGAUUGGAUGCAUCUGUCCAGUGCACUAGACUGAGCCAACUUGAUUUGAAACUACAGCUUGACUCGUUAGCUACAGAGCUCAAGCGCCUGUCGUUAGCACAGCAAGACUACUUGUUUGCUACAACAUCGAUAUCAUCAUCACAGUUGCCAAUCUCUGCUGACAAGACCAUUUCAUCUACAGUGACUGCUACAACAAAGACCACUACUGACACAUGUGUCCUACUAGAUGGGUAUGCUCGUAGAUUGUGUGAUGCACGUGCCAAGAUAGCCGUUGUGGGAAAUAUACUCGAGUCUACACAGGAACGCUUACGAGCACUCUCUCAUCGAAUAGGUCGCGAGCACAAUAAUCGGCGAUCACUCUUAGAGCCUCAAGCUGUAGUAAUUGGUGUGGAAAAUGAACUGGAAUUGGAAGAAGAAAAUGAUAAAAAUAAUGAUGUAAAAGAGGAAAUAAACGACAAUAAUGAGGAAGAUCAACCAAAUAAGCAUUUCACAAAUUCCAACGAUGAUAAUAAAGAGGAAGAACAACCUGGGGAAGAUGCUACAGUGAUUACAAUAUCACCAGCAGCAUCAGAAAUACCAAAAAAGUCAUGAUGAAUCAUUAGUCAUGCUGGCUCAAUAGUGUCCAGGGAGAUAUAGUGCUUUGUGACCUGCUGAUGUUGAUGUGGCAGCUUGAAUUUAUCGCUGCUAUCAUUCUAUCAGAAACCAUCAUUCUAAAUAUAUCAUGAAUUGUUAAUAAUAAUUUCGUUUGGUGGAAGCUCUGUGAGCAGGUUCUUAGCGUGGUGCUAGCUCUUGGACCAUAACACUCCAUCCACCGGAUUAAUUAGCCAUCUACCAGGUGAACCAGCAUCUAGAACUGCACAGAUAUAUUGCAGUACAUGUUUUAUUAUCAUUCCAAUAUGUAUAAUUGUUAUUAACAUAAAUCAUAAUAUCAGAAUAUGUAAAAUAUAAUUCAUUACAAACAUAGUAUAUUGUUGUACUAUGUGCACAAAUAACAUAUUAAAUUUUACUUGGAUAUAUUUUUUUUUAAAUAUAUUUGUUAUUAUAUAAACUUGUUUAUUCAACUAUAACAUCAUUGAGUUUGAUUUAUUGAAUACAAUUUGGUCUGAAUUGGUCUCCGCUACAUUUGAAACCUUGGCUUGUAUUUAUAUUAGAUUCAAAAUGUAUUUAUUUAUUCCUUCAUUGACCAAAUUUGUGUCUUAUAAAGUACCAUACUUACAUUGAUAUUGACAAUGUAGAGUUUUUAUUCUAUCUAAGAUUUAGCAUCAACAGUUGAAACUAUUAAUUAGUUAAGGCUAUUGGGCUAAAGAGAAAACAGAAGAUUACAAUUAUAAAUAAUAAUCCUGUCUUAGUUACCUCCCAUAUUUUAAAUUAUAAUAUUAUGUGACUAAUCAUACUUGUAUUUUUACUACUUUGCUGUGUUAUUGAUUUUAUUUUAUAUAUUUAUUAGUUAAUUGUUUACUUAAUAUUCCGAACAACUACUCAAUUUUAU